CUGGCCAUGGCGCCCCUGCCUCCUCCCUCCGGAAAAGCCGGUGAGCCAAGCUGGGGAGAAAACUGUCGGGCGACCCUGGCCUCACGCGGCGCGGUAUAUAAGCGGCCCGGCGGCGGGAGUCAGUACAGUCGAAGCUGGUCUCUCCACCUGGUCGACAUGAAGAUCGCGGCUGUAGCUACCGUCCUGGUGGGCUUCUGCCUUCUGGCAGUGAGCGCCGAACCCGUGGCUGAGGCUGAGCCCGGAUUCAGAUACGGACACAGCAGCUACUACCGCCCCAGCUAUGGCCAUGGCGGUCAUUACAUCGGCAAGAGGAGCGCUGAGCCCGAAGCUGAGGCUGAGCCUGGAUUCGGAUACGGAUACAACACCCACUACUACCGCCCCAGCUAUGGCCAUGGCGGUCAUUACAUCGGCAAGAGGAGCGCUGAGCCCGAAGCUGAGGCUGAGCCUGGAUUCGGAUACGGAUACAACACCCACUACUACCGCCCCAGCUAUGGCCAUGGCGGUCAUUACAUCGGCAAGAGGAGCGCUGAGCCCGAAGCUGAGGCUGAGCCCGGAUUCGGAUACGGACACCACACCCACUACUACCGCCCCAGCUAUGGCCAUGGCGGUCAUUACCUCGGCAAGAGGAGCGCCGACCCCGUGGCUGAGGCUGAGCCCGGAUUCGGAUACGGACACCACACCCACUACUACCGCCCCAGCUAUGGCCAUGGCGGUCAUUACCUCGGCAAGAGGAGCGCUGAGCCCGAGGCUGAGGCUGAGCCCGGAUUCGGAUACAGACACAACAGCUACUACCGGCCCAGCUAUGGCUAUGGGUACGGACGGUAAUGCUACAGCCCUUUCGACUGUCUUACGAACGUUCACGAAUACUCUAAAAUAAAGAGCGGCUCUUUAAA